AAUUUCAAAAAUCUCAAAAAUAUAUAAAAUAGCCUGAUCGUUGUUCAGUAUAGUAAAAAAGAUGUUAAUCAAUGCGCCUAACAAAACUCUAAAUUAAACCCGGCGGAUAUCGCACAUGGCAUAAAGUUUAUUAUAAUUUAACUGAAAUUUGAAUAAUCGUAUUCAAAUGGCUCCAAUUAGAAAUUUAGAAAAAUUAAAACAAAAAAAGCAGAAGAAAACAGCACUUUCCAAAACUAUCAAUGUAGCCACUAAAGAAAACGAUAACAUGAAAUGGAUCAACAAAGAAAGAGUUUUAGUAUUUUGUCAGAGAGGAAUUAAUUUCAGGGCUCGACAUUUAAUGCUUGAUCUGCGCACUCUAAUGCCACAUUCAAGAGCAGAUAACAAACUGGAUAGGAAGGACAGACUUUCCCUAAUAAAUGAGAUUUGUGAAAUGAAGAAUUGCAAUAAAUGCAUAUUUUUUGAAAUGAAGAAAAAAAAAGACUUAUACAUGUGGAUAUCAAAUACACCAAAUGGUCCCUCAGCACGAUUUCUUGUUGAAAACGUACAUACAAUGGAUGAGUUAAAAUUAACCGGAAACUCUCUCAAAGGUUCUCGUCCUAUUCUUUCUUUUGAUAAGAAAUUUGAUGACCAUGUCCAACACAAACUGCUAAAAGAAAUGUUUAUGCAAGCCUUUGCCACUCCAAAUCGUCAUCCAAAAAGCAAGCCAUUCAUUGACAGAGUUAUGACCUUUACAAUUGUGGAACAUAGAAUUUGGAUAAGAAACUUUCAGAUUGUUAGCCAAAAGGAUUUCUCACUAACAGAAAUUGGUCCACGUUUUGUCUUGAACUUGAUCCGGAUAUUUAACAAAAGUUUUUGUGGUUCAACUAUAUAUGAAAACCCGCAUUAUAUUUCACCUAAUGAGCAUCGCCGUAAUAUUCGAAAAGCUGCUGCUUUCCGAUACUUGCAACGUCAGCAAUCUAAAACUAUGUAUAACGAUAGAUUAAAUGAACGAGCAGAAUACGUUGAAGAAAGUUUAGAUGAUAUAUUUCAUACAGUUACGCAAGCUGAUUUAAAUGAAGCGAAAUCAAAAGCUGAAAAACAAUAAUAUUGUUCAGAAUUUUAUUUAAAAAAUGUCAGCAAUUAAAAAAAUUAAUAACAAAGAAUUAUGAAUUUAACUUUUACCCGUUGUGACUAAUCCAUGCAGAUAUGGUUUUAGAUGAUAGAAAAUAGUUUAUGGUUAAGAAAAUAUUUUGAAUUUUAUUUUUCUUAA